AUGAUCGCUGAGAUUUUGAGUUGGCUAACUGUAGACGCUUUGCUGAGAGUGAAGUCUGCCUCCAAGAAAUGGUGUGCUUUGAUUGAAGACCAUCACCACAUUGUGAAGCAUAUGAAUCUGGCUAGUCCUCUGCCAAUAAAAUGUAGAUACGGAAGAAUGAAAUGUGCUUUUGUUUCAUUGACUGGUGAGGCCAAAUUGGUAUGUGCUUGCAUCCACAAUGAUGAAGUGGGAUUUGAAGUUAUGAGUAUUGGACAAGAUGGGAAAUGGAGAGCCUUGAAACACCCAAUCCAAGGCUGCUUGAAGAAAAAUGGCAAAUGGGCAACAAGAAGCCAAUUUUCCUAA